GUUAUGAAUAACUUAGUACUAGCUGAAAGAAGAAGAUCUAGGAGGCAAUCUAUCUCUUCCAAAGCCAUGGUCAAGGUCAGAAACUUCUCUGAAAAGCCUUCCAAAUCCAAGGUAAUUGUGGUUCAGUUCUAAACUCAUAGACUCAGGGAAGGAGAGCAAGAAAAUAAGGAAAAAUUGAAGCAAAAGUUCAAUGGUCCACGACUCAAAAAUAUCUUAAACAUCAGCAAGCAAGAAGACCAUAAGAAGCUUAUUAAAAAGGAUGGAAGUGUUGAUUUUGACCUUCUCCAUUACGAUCUUAAUGAAUUAUUCUUUCAAACACCAGUAUUUGAUGUCCCUCCCCUCUCAUUCGACCUUGAAGAAAAGGAAGCAGCAGAGAGAAAAUCCCUACAAGUUCUUCAGAGCAAACUUGAGAAGCAGAAGGCUGACCCUAACAAUCGCGAAGACUUCAUAAAAAUAAACACAGCUCCAAAUAAAGGAUGGGGAAGAAUUAUGAACAUGAUCCUCAACGAAGGAGAGUACAAAAUGAAAUACAUCAGGAAUUACGAAUAAAAUAAAAGACUCCUCAACAAAGGGAGAGUACCAUUUGUAUUUCAAAGUAGCUCUCCUCCGAAAAAGACAACAGUAGAACUUUCUAAAAAUAAGUCCUGAGAGUUUUCCUUCAAUUUUGAGAGAAAUACUACUAAUAAUUCACAAGAAAAGUUGUUUAUCGAGGAACAUUGAGCCCAUAAAGAAUAUGAUUAUGCUAAGGAUAAACUGAUAAACUUAAAGAAUGAAAACUCUAGAUUUCUAAAAGUACUCAAGGCAUUCAUCAAGAAACCUCUUAAAAUACAUAAGAGAUCAGGUUAUAUCCCUUUUCCAAGAGUAAAGAGCAGGCUUUCUCCUAUAAAAAGUAGAAAUAGUUCCUUCUUAACUAAGAAUCCCAAACCUACUAUAAAUCCUGAGCAUACACAUAAAACCGUCAUUCCUCCCAAAGAAAUUAAUCACAACUACACAAGACAAAUUAUGAAAUUUAUAGAAUUUUAUGAGAGAUCUCCGAAAGAUAGCAAGAAAUUUAAAAGGCACCAGAAUGGAAAUAUCUCGAACAAAUUUAAUAGACUUUUUCACAACAGAAAAUUUAGCCUUGAAGUAGCCAAAUGUAACCUCCAAAAGAUGCCAAAUAAUAGGUAUAAAGUGCAUGAGGAAGUCAAACAAAUGAUAAAUAAGCUACAGCAAAGGGCUAACUCAGUGGGAAAUGAAACCUUAUUUAGAUAA